AUGACUGUUGAUAAACAACAACACUUUAAUAAGAUUUUAGUUGAUAGCACCCAUUUUGCUAACUUACGCAGAUCCAUUAAAUUUAGAAGCAUAUUAUGGGAUAACUAUGCUAGGUCAAAGGAAUUAUCAGAGCUUGACGCUAGUAUUGCCAAAAAGUUGGAAAAGGAAUUGUUUGAUAAUAAGAAUAAUUGGGAAGACCAACAAGCCAAAAUUGAUUUUAAAAAGGUGAUACCUGUUUUAGUCCAUAUUUUAGAAACUUCUACCACUAAACCUGAUAUAAUCAAAGUUGUAGGGAAUUUGCUUGUUGAACUAUUGAUUAGAUAUGAUGAAACAUUUAUUUUUUUUAAUGAAAAUGUUCAAUACUAUUCAAAAUUAUCUACUUUGAUUACAAAAGGUAAAAUUUCCAUAAUUUCUGCAAAUAGUGAUGACGAUGAAGUGUUGGAAUUGAUUUUUUUAUAUAUCUUGGUAUCCUUGACUGUCAAUUCUAAUGAAUAUGAAAAUAAAAAAAAUAUUGUAGACCAAAUUUUAUCUCAAUUUUUAACACCAGAUUUAAAGAAUGCUAACCCUUCAAGCACUAAGAAAAUAACCAUUGAACGUGAAUAUGUCGUUAUAAGAUUUUUACAAGAAUUAUCUGCCAUUAAAUGUUUUAGACCAAUUGUUUGGAAGUAUAAUUCACAAUUUGUUCAACCAUUGUUCAAUAUUAUCUUAGGCACACUUUUAUCCGAAUCCACAGAUGAUGAUAUCAAUAAUGCUUCUCCAUUGUCGAACAGUAUAUCCAACAUUUUGUCGUCUCGUACUGGCACCAAUUUACCCGCAAACAACAUCAAUGUUCAAUUACAAUAUUAUGCGUUAUUAACUCUCUGGUUAUUAACUUUCAAUAAGACCAUUGCCAAGGAGUUAUCUAGUAAUUAUACUUUGCAGUUUAUCAAAUUAUUAAAGUUGGUUACCAUUACUGUCAAGGAAAAGAUUUCAAGAUUGUCCAUAGCAAUCCUAUUAAAUUGUUGUAAGGUUCCUCAUAACACUGAAGUUGUCAAAAAAUUGGUUUUACUAGGAAAUGCUUUGCAAAACUUGCAAAGCUUAAAAGAACGUAAAUACAGUGAUUUGGAAUUGAACGAAGAUUUAGAUGAGUUAAAAACUAUUGUUGAUCAAUCGUUGCAAGAAUUAAAUAGUUUUGAUGAAUAUUUAGCUGAGUUGGAUUCCAAAAUGUUAUGUUGGAGUCCACCUCAUGUUGAUAAUCAAUUUUGGAAUGAUAAUAUCGACAAGUUUAAAGAUGACCAUUGGAAAAUUUUCAAAAACUUAAUAGCCAUUGUAUUAUCGACUGGAACUGACAAUACUACAGACUUAAAAGAUAAAUCUACUAAAUUACAAGUCGCACUAAGCGAUAUUACUCAUGUUAUUGAGUUAUUACCCGAGUCCAUAGUUGUCUUGGAUAAAGAAGGUGCCAAAUUGCCCAUAAUGGAAUUAUUAAAUUAUCCAGACUCAAAAGUUAAAUACGAGGCUUUGAAAACUGUUCAAGCAUUAAUUAAAGUCUCUUUUAAAUGA